CUUGACUAAACACCCACCUUUCUCCACUUGGAAAACAGACGUCUUGCAGUGUGCGUGAGAUAAAGAAACUGGAAACAGCAAGGCGCAUUCUUUCACUCCGUAGCGUAAAUGGCUUUGAGUAAACUGCAAUUGGAAAGAAGUAGGAAUACGGCAGCAAGUGGCUUUUUAAAGUACGACGCGAUGGAAUCCGUUACACUCCGUGCCGAGUGAGAAGAGAGGAGCAUCUUUUUACAGCCCAUGGCUAUGGAGAAUUCAAGUAUCAGCCCCCCGAACGGGUCGUGCUCUCCGCUUUGUGAGCGCAACUGGACGGAUUUUAACUGCUCCAUUCCUGGACAAUGUUUCUACCCUAACUUUUAUGUCUUGCUGCCCGUCAUCUAUUCUGUGAUUUGUGCCGUAGGGUUGACUGGCAACACCGCUGUCAUCUACGUCAUCCUUAAGGCACCCAAAAUGAAGACGGUUACUAACAUGUUUAUUUUAAACCUGGCCAUAGCUGACGACCUGUUCACCCUUGUUUUACCUAUCAACAUAGCCGAACACCUCUUACAAUACUGGCCUUUUGGUGAAGUACUCUGCAAAAUUAUCCUUUCCAUCGAUCACUACAACAUCUUCUCGAGCAUUUACUUCCUGACGGUGAUGAGCAUCGACCGGUACCUUGUAGUGCUCGCCACUGUGCGGUCCAAAAGAACCCCCCAUCGCACUUACAGAGCUGCCAAGAUAGUAAGUCUGUGCGUCUGGGUUCUGGUUAUCCUCAUCGUACUGCCCUUCACAGUGUUCGCCGGGGUCUACACUGUUCCGGAGGAGCCAGAUCACAAGAGCUGCGUGCUCAGUUUCCCUGGCUCCGAAACGUUUUGGGUUAAAGCCGGCCGGAUUUACACUCUCAUUCUGGGGUUUGCAAUUCCAGUGUCUACUAUCUGCAUCUUAUACACGAUGAUGCUUUACAAACUACGAAACAUGCGUUUAAACUCCAACGCGAAGGUGCUGGACAAAGCCAAGAAAAAAGUCACAGUAAUGGUUUUCAUUGUCCUGGCUGUGUGUCUGUUUUGCUGGACGCCUUUCCAUCUCAGCACGAUAGUAGCACUGACCACUGAUCUGCAAACGACCCCCUUGGUGAUCGGAAUUUCUUACUUCAUCACCAGCCUCAGCUAUGCGAACUCUUGUUUGAAUCCUUUCUUGUACGCGUUUCUAGACGACAGCUUCAGGAAAGCUUUUAAGAAAAUGUUGGAAUGUAGACCUGCUUAAACAGGGCACGUUAUAGCGCCUGGCAUAAUGUGCCAUGUGAGGCUCCUGCAUCUGAAAAUACCAGUGUCUGGGACGGGCGGAUAUGGGGAUGGCUAACUGGAAAUACACGGAGACACGGGUUAUUUCAGAUAUUGAUUUAAUUAGUAAAACAAAAUCGCUAUCAUUUGUGGAUCACAUGCUAAUGUUCGUUUUGCCUUUUAAAGUUGGAUUACAGCUCAUUACCUUAAAAUAAUCAUACCGUAGGAUUGUUUUUAAAUUAUUGAAUUAUACUUCUAAAGACACUUUAAUAAUUUCAGUUCUUAAGUGUAAUGCAUAUUAUUAGUUAUAUGAACCAAUAAUAUUUUUCAUAUUAUUUAAACAAUGCAUCACGGCUAAUAUUUG